UAAGCUAAAGAGGGAGGAAGUGAAUCAAAAACCAGACCAGAGAGCCCAAUUCGAAGAAGAAUUCUUGGUUCUGUUUGCCUUUUCCAACGAUACGUUCUGGAAAUUGAGGCGCAGGAUUUGUAUCUUAAUAUUAUUGUGUGGAUCGAAAACUCUCGCGAUUGAGGAGGAAGGGCACUGCGAUUAUUUUGUUUUUCUUUGAAUUUUCUCUUCUUUUUAGUCUCAGCUGCUUUCAAUUGUGGCGGAGUUUUCAAAUUCGAAUAAUGAUUCCGUUUUUAGGUCGCCCCCAAUGUGAAUUUGGUAGGAGUACUUCUGGAGAGGGAAAUGACUGAAAUUCGAUUACUAUUUGGUUGGAUUUUUUUUCUUCGUUCGAAAGUAGUUGUGCGGUGAAUUUGUUGAGUUGUUGCUGUUGUUGUUGUGAGAUUUUUAAUUUAGAUUUGAUUUUGAAAUGGAGAAUAGAGAAGGAGGAGAUUUUCCUCCAAAAGAGCCGCCGCUGCCGCAAUCGGAGGCAUCUUCUACGGCGGCGGGAGUGGAUUUUCCGGCGAGGAAGCUGGUGAGGCAGCUGGAUUUUACUGGCUUUAGUGGUGGCGCAUCGAGCGGGGAGCAGCAACAACCGGCGAAGCUGAGCCAUCCACUCCCGCCUCCGCAGCCUCAGUUGACACAACCCGCCCAGCCGACGAAAUCGCCUCACUUGCAGCCGCCGCAGAUGCUUUUCAUGACGAUGCAGCAGCCGCCGCAGCCGACGGCGCCACCCACGCAUCCAUCGAUACGUCCUCUUGUGAAACCUGAAUCACCUAGAUCACGGAUAAGACAAAAUGCAAAUGAAGCCAAGGAUGGUACACCAAAGAAGCAAAAGCACUGUAAUUGCAAACAUUCCCGGUGUUUGAAGUUGUAUUGUGAGUGUUUUGCUUCUGGAAUUUAUUGUGAUGGUUGCAACUGUGUAAAUUGUCAUAACAAUGUUGAAAAUGAAGGCGCCAGACGUGAAGCCAUUGAGGCUACACUGGAGCGCAAUCCAAAUGCUUUCAGGCCAAAAAUUGCUAACAGUCCGCAUGCAGCUAGAGAUAGCCGGGAGGAGGCUGGUGAAGGUUUGAUUCCAGCAAAGCAUAACAAGGGAUGCCACUGCAAGAAAUCUGGAUGCUUGAAGAAGUACUGUGAAUGUUUUCAAGCAAAUAUCCUUUGUUCUGAAAACUGCAAGUGCCUGGAUUGCAAAAACUACGAAGGAAGUGAAGAGAGACAGGCUCUUUUUCAUGGAGAUCAUGCCAACAACAUGACAUUUAUCCAGCAGGCAGCAAAUGCUGCCAUAACAGGUGCUAUAGGUUCUUCUGGUUAUGGCUCUCGGUCACCCCCCCUAAACAAAAAACGGAAAGGUCAGGAGCUGUUCCUUCUAUCCAACAUAAAAGAUUCUGUUCACAGGCUUGGACAGUUGCAACAGGCUAACCCUAAUGAGGCAUCUGUUACUUUCUCUUCAUCAUCUACAAUUCCUGUCUCUCACCCAGCUAAUACUUCAGCCACAGGCCCUUCAAAGUUUACUUACAGGUCUCUCUUAGCUGACAUAAUUCAACCCCAGGACUUAAAGGAACUUUGUUCGGUACUUGCUGUAUAUUCAGCAGAAGCUGCAAAGAUGCUUGCAGAGGAAAGAAGUACUGCCGAAAAGCAAGUAGAAGAUCAGAAAGAAACCUCAAUGGCAUCAACAAUUCAAGAUCCAUCCCAAUGUACAGCUGAGAAACCUGGUACUGAUAUCCAAAACCAGGCUGAGAAAACUAAACCUGAGGAAUCUGGUUCAGAUGGAUCUGUUGUAUCAAAAGGAAGGCCAAUGUCUCCGAGCACGUUAGCUCUAAUGUGUGACGAACAAGAUACAGCAUUCACUACUGCUGCUAGACCUGAUAGAUUGGAAGUUAAUAGCAAUGCUUCUUCCCAUUUGCCAGUUGAGCAAAGUGAGGCAUAUGGAGAGCAGGAAAGAAUUGUUUUAACGAAGUUCAGAGAUUGUCUUAACCGGCUCAUCACUCUAGGAGAAAUAAAAGAAACAAAAUACUCUUCACUGGCGCAAACUGAAUCCAGCAAUGAAAACUCCGACAACACAUCAAAUUCAAGAAGUGAACUGCACCACGAACAGCCCACCAGCAAUGGCGUCGCCCAAAUGGUCCCUCCACAGAGGACUCAUGCAUCAGCUCCUCCCCAAACUACUUCUGUGAAUAGCUUACCCUCCCUGAGAAUAUCUCCGCCUGCCGAAAAUGGGGAAGCAAGAACUUGAAGUAAGCAAGGCUUAUAAGCUGCUUCAGACACAUGCUGCUACAUCUCUGUAAUAUAAGGCCGAUGGAGGAUCGGCUUUUUUGGGUAUGGCAGCAAAAAACAAAAA